AUUCUCAAAUAUUCAAGGAUUUCACAGUUGCUUCCUCCUUUCCUGAUCACCCAACAUUCCAUCUCGUUCCAUCCUCUCUAUUUCUAUACCAAUCCACGAGCGGCCUUUAGAGAGGGUGUGAACUUAUUUCCCAUUCCACAAUUCUCAUCUUGGCCUCUAUUCUUUGGUCGACCAACCCCAACGCUCCCAUAUUUCGACUCGGAUCAAGUCUUCCACCACAGUCAUGACUCGCACACGACCCGGGGCGCAGAAGGGCAAGAAACCCGAGGCGAAGAAGAGCAAGAAACCCAAACCGGCACCCAGGAGCCGUCAAACGGCUUCCCCGCAACCCGAGCAAGGCCCACGGUUCCCAAGGUUCAACUACCUUCCUGCCGAAAUCCAAUGGAAAAUCUUCCGCGAAGUUAUGAGCGGCGACCCCCAGUUCCAUGUCCUCAAAGUUGGCCGUGUCGAUGAUGUCCCGAGCGGAACAUGGAGGUUGUCCUUCUCCCCAAUGACCAAAGAAAAAGACAAAUCGGGCUAUCGGAUGUAUGGCGCACUUUCCACCGUCAAUCCCUCGGCAGCCGCAGCGGUGCGCCAUGAGUUGACGCUAAGGAAAAGGAACCGAUUUCAACGGUUGCCUUUCACGCUGUUGAACGCCCACAUCAACGGGGCGACGGACCUUGUUGUUCUCGACUUCCCCAGAAGCACGACCCCGGCGUUUGGAUACUUCCACGACGAUCACCAAAUAUUGAAUUGGCAAGAGAGAGUGUUUGACAGCGGCAGCGUCGCAAAACAGUUUGAAAACACCGAACAGGUCGGCAUCUGUUUGACUGGCAAGCACUACUCCUGUCAUGACAUGAUGGGCAACUUUCGCUGCGCCGACCGCGACGACGAGGAACACUCGAGCCACUCCUCAAAUAUUAACGCCUGGCUUAUGUGCCCCAAGGAACUAGCUGGCCUCCUGAAAAGCUUUCCCAAGCUACGCGAGUUCUAUAUCAUCCUCCGCCCCUUCCAUCCCGGCUUCGCAAAGCAGGACGAAGCCGAAACCUACCUCAAGAACUACUUUACCUGGCCCGAACGACACCACCACACGCACAUCCAGCCCUUCACCGGCGUCGGCAUGUCCUACAUCCCACUCCUCGACGAGCUCAUGCCCAACUCAGCCAGCAACGGCAAGGACGCCAACUUCACGCGGGGGCGCUUCCCCUCGCGGUCCGAGCUGCGCGAGAUCCGCGACACGCUGGCCAGCCUGCACGGCUACUUCCGCCUGGAUUCCUCCCCUCACCUGCGGUCGGAGAUCCAGCGGGCGUACGCGAGGACGUACCGCCUCGGAAGGGCGGAGAGGGAUGCGCUGGGGUUUCAUGUGCUGCUGGCGGUGCCGCGGGAUAAGAUUCGUGAAUGUGGGGGGGAGGUGGCGGGGUGA